AGGACAUUGAGGAGCAUUGAAUAUAAAUAAGCAUCGAUUGCUUGGCGCUGGUUGAUUUUAUUGUUCUUCAUUUGAAUAACAUGACAGCAGCUCACUCUCUCAAAGAUAAGGUGGCCGUGAUCACCGGUGGCAGUCGCGGUGUCGGUAAAGCAGUGGCGGAUGCCCUGGUGGCCGCAGGCGCCAAGGUGGUGAUCGGUGACCUGUUGGAUAAAGAAGGCCAAGAACUGGUGCAAAGUUACAAUGAAAAGUCCGCCGAGAACGAAAAGGUGGCCGCUUACCUCCACACUGACGUCCGAAAGUAUAGCGAUAACAAAGCACUUUUCCAGUUGGCAGAGAAAGAAUUUGGUGGCGUGGAUAUUGCCAUUCUCAAUGCUGGCAUUGCCACCAACAGCAAUUCUGUGUUCACUCCGUUGGACGACGAACUGGAAGCUCGUAUGUUUGACGUAAAUAUUAUUUCGGUUGUCAAAGGAACCAAGGUGGCCAUCCUGCAUAUGGCGAAACGCGGCGGAGGAGUCAUUGUACAUACAGCCUCCCUCGCUGGAUUUUACGCCUCACCUAGUCUCAGCUCGUAUACAGCCAGUAAACACGCAGUGGUGGGUUAUACACGAUCGUUCCAAUUGCUGCCUCAGGUUUGCAACGUCCGUGUCAACGCGAUUUGUCCUUACUGGAUCGAAACGGACCUUCUCAAUAGCUUGAGCUCUAGAGAAGGCGCCGAUCCCAUGGAAGGCUUGAUAGCUGUGUCGCCUCGUGUUCCCAUCGAUACGGUCGUCGAAGGAUUUUUGACCUUGAUCACCGAUGAAACGCGCAAUGCUCAAACAUUGAUGGCUCUACCCGACGGUCUCCAAGUCCAAGACCCGUUGCCACCUAAAGAUAGUCUUUUUACCGCUGAAAAUCUCGCUCACAGUCCGAUAUACCUGGCUGAAGCCGUUGCUGAUUUUAAAAAGAAGCUGGCCAAAGCAAUGGAAGAAUAUGGCAUUUGAGCUUUCUAGCCCGAUAGAGACUGAUUUCUCGAUAUUAAUACUAAUAAAAGAUU